GUUUCUCGACUUCCGGCGAGAGCCGUGCAGAUCUCCCAAGGGCUUAGCGGCUUGGAUCUCCGUCUGCCUAGUCCCAGGGUUGCGCCGCAUCCGAGGAGAUCCGUCGCGUCGCACCUCCGAAGCUCCCCGUAACACCAGAAUUCCUCAAGUACAGUAAAUAAACAAGGCUAGCAACAUGGGAGACACCGACGCCGAUCGCAGGAGGAAGGACGCCGAGGACGCCCACAGGCGACUCAAGGAAGAGGAGAAGAGGAAGAUGGAGGAGAAGGAGAGGAAAAAGGCCGAGGUGCGCAAACGUCUUGAGGAGGCGGCGAAGGCAAAGAAGGCUGGCGGAAAGCGCGGCUUCAUGACACCGGAACGCAAGAAGAAGCUGAGGAAUCUUCUAAGGAAAAAAGCCGCCGAGGAGCUGAAGAAGGAGCAGGAGCGCAAAGCCGAACAGCGCAGGAAGAUCAUCGCGGAGCGUGUUGGCCAGCCCAAGCCCCUGGACGGCGCCAACGAAGCGACACUACAGGCCAUCUGCAAAGAAUACUACGAGCGAUUGUGCAAGCUGGAAAGCGAAAAGUACGACACUGAGUACUUGGUCAGGCAGAAAGACUACGAGAUCAACGAGCUGACCAUCCAGGUGAACGAUCUUCGCGGGAAGUUCGUCAAGCCAGCCCUCAAGAAAGUUUCCAAGUUCGACAAGCUCAAAAUGGUCGCCAAGAGUACCUCGGAGGUUGACUUCAGGUCGAACCUCAAGGCAGUCAAGAAGGACGCCUUCAAGCUCGACGAGGAGAAGCAGGCGGUCAAGAAGGACGUGCCGGAAUGGGCCGCGAAGUAGAGGACAAGAAGCCAGAAUGGGCCCUCGGUUCAAAGAAGGAGAACGAGGAAUAAGCAACACCACCACCAACGAUCACGACAGGGAAGUCGACCACAUCGAAGCACCUGGUGCGGCAAAGGAUGAAAAAAAAAGAAAUAAACAACAACAAAACAAGCAAAAUACCAAAGCCCCAAGUCCAAGCAUACAAACUGUGCUACUACUUCCCUGGACGGAGAUGCUGUUUUCUUUUUUUUCUCUCUUUUUUGUUUUCGCCAGAGAACAUUUCAUUUGUUAUCGGUCUUUAAUUAUUUUGUAAGCGACACAAAACUGUGGUUGCAGUCACUUCCGAAUGAAUAAACAUCGGUUGCAGAUGGUUAUUUGCCU